UCGUGUUACUAGAUGACACGCGAACCGUAUCUCCUGCUCAAAUACAAAAACAAUCUUCACGGCUUUAAAAACUCUUGAAAUGUAAAAGAAAUUUUUCGAAAUCUUUGAUCGCAGCUAAAUUAUUACCUUCAUCAUGGCAGAAAGUUCAACGAAUAGCGACGUCCCCAAAGGAAUGAGGCUUGUAGUCCGGGCGUGGGGAGCUAUUUCGGCGUUGUGUUGUACAGCAAUGGGAUUCUUUGUAUUGUUUACCUUAUCUGCAAAAUGCUUUGGAAUGGGGCUAUUGAUGAUCUUUUUAGGAAUUUUUGUUAUGGCUUUUGAAGUCCCUGCAUGUUGUCAAUAUAUGGGAUGGAUGGUAACCAUUAGCAACUGGGUUGAAGACCACUUUAAAUUCUGGAUGAGAGCAACAUUAUAUUUUGGGGUUGCUUUGGUCCCAAUUAUCAUGUGCUUAGAAGUUUCUACCUUUGUUGGUGCUGGGUCUAUCUGUAUCACAGCUGCUUUAUAUGGCGUACUUGCUAUUGGCAAAAAAGGAGCAGCUGCCCAAAAUAAGAAACCUGAAGAUGUUGAAAUGACUGCUGGACUUGUCGAUAAAAGUGGUAAUCCUACAACAACUACCCCAUGAUUAAACCUGCUUCAAAUGAAGCUACUAAUCAUUCCAAGGGUAAAUGAAUGGUUUCAGUUUACGUUUGAUAUGUGCUGGGACCUGACUGUGCUAUGAACACUUCCAUGCACAAGUUCUUGAUUUCCUUUUGAAAACUUUGAAUUGUGCUUUUUACUGAUGACCAUUAGUCCCUUUUACAGCUCCCUGUGCCAUCUUGAAAGGUACUAAGCUGUGCCUUUGCAUCAAAAUGAGAUGAAACGUGACCUUGCAAUGAAAUAGUUGUUUUUUUAACACCUAGGACAAUCAUUCCCAUUACUCUAUUAUUGCAAGCUCACCAUUUGUCUUGCUUUGAUGCAAAGACACAGUUACCUUUCAAGAUGGUGCAGGAAACUGUGAAAGGAGCUAUUGGGUAUCAAAGCUUCACUUUCACGUUUUGAUAGGUUGAGUAUGUGCAUCUUUGUGAUGAUAUCAAAACAGCAAAGUGAGGUGCUGAUACCAAAUUGGUUUUAGGAGCUAAAAAAGCUAUAAUAUUAUUUGUAAAUGGUCUUAAUUUAUUGGGAGGGAGGGGUGAAAAAAUGGGAGACUGACUUGCCAUAUUAUUUUGAGGUACUGUAUGGAGGGGCUUCAUUGGAAAUUUGCAUUAUUUUUGUUAAACACUUGAUGGUAUAAAGGUCAUAAUCAGAAUUUUGUCAGUAUACAGAAGUACGAUAUGGCAAGCUAGUCUGAAUGAAAAUCAGGUAAUGUAAUUGGUUUGCAAAUUAAGGUGAUUGGACUUCAGCCAUCUAAAUUGGGCUUUCAAUUUGAAUUUCAAAGUUUCUGUUUCCUCCAAGAUCAGGACAAAAACUAUGGAGCAUUCUCACGUGACGUCACAAUGGCCAUGUUGGUGUACUAAAACAAUACAUUUUCUAUCCUCUGGGAAUUGAACCCUAUUUUUAUGCAAAAAUUGUUCAGAAAAUUUCUAUAGUUUGGUAAAUCAAUAUGGCUGCCUUGUCGCUUGAGGGAAAAUGCUCUAUAUUGUCCAAGCUUAGUUCAAUACAUUUUCCUGUAUGAACCUUGUGGUAGGUCAAUAGCCCUCGUUCUCUUUACCUUUGGCUUAAUGUUUCCCAGUGUCAUUCCCUAAAGUAUCAUUUCUUUGUUUAAUGGAAACAUUAAUAUGGAUACAACUCAAAUUAGGGAAUAACAUGGUCUGAAAUGUCAAAACAUUACCUCCAAGUUAAAGAGGUCUUUAUAUACUGUAACCUUUAAUGUAAUCAAAAGAACUAAAAAAUGUAUUUUCAAAGAAAAGAAAGCAGUCUUAAUAAUUGUACCUUGGCUUUGUUCAUUGCCAUGAAUGCACCAUCUGUUAAAAUGCUUUGCCAUUUUAUUUAGGUUUUAUCAAUAUCUACAUUAGGUUUUAAUUAGAUUUUAAACAAUAUUUUAGUAAGACCUUUUUUCAGUAGCACGGCAAGCAGAACAACAUUUAUAAGCUAGUACUUCAUGGUUUGCUAACCCUUUAUAUUUGGGUAGAAUAAAGCUUUAAGUCAAUGUUAGUUUGCAGACACGUCACUAAGAGUACCACUUUAACUAAAUUUAAGAUUAAAAAAACUAUAGUCAGUCAGGAAAAAUCAAAACAGUAUCAUAUAAUUGAUCUUAACCAUGCAAUCACAAUCUUUCAUUUCCAUGGUUACGUCAAACAUUUUCACAGAUAUCUAGCCUUCAUUGCUUGCUUCUGAUUGGUUCAAGUUUGAUUCUUUUGUUUUAAAUCUAUGUUGUGAUUGGUUGAGUGGUCCCAGUUAGUGUGUCUACACCAUAAAGUAAUAUCUGCACUUUCACAUGUUGUCAUUACAACUGUACUUAUGCUGAACUACUGCAACUUAAUUGCUUAACUUGAAUGAUUUAAAGAAAAUUAUUAGUUAAACCUCCUAAAACUCAUGAAUAUUUAAUGAGGAGAAAACAAAGCAAAUCACUACUGUGACGGUGGUUUGGAAAUGUGUUCUUAAUUUGCAUUAAAUUUCGUAAGCUUUUUCUUUGAUUUUCUCCAAGAAAUAUUCAUGAGUUUGAGAAGUAAUUUGAAACACUUGAGGGAGUUCUUCCUUCGAUUUCCAAACACCUCAAAGUCAGUUAAAAAAACUUUGCUGUGCCUCGUUUUUUCAACUCACUUUUCGGUGUUUGGAAAUCGAAGGAAGAACUCUCUCGCGUGUUUGAAAUAUUACUUAUUAGCUGGGAGUUGGAAAAAAAAUGAUUAAUAACAAAUUAUAUAUGGAAAUAUAUGGGAAAUAGAGAGCAAAUACAAAACUAAAUAAUGAAGGGAUGAGUUGCUAUUUGUUCUGAUAAUUAUCCAUUUAGCAUUUCUGCGAGCAUGCCAGUAAUAUUUAUGCAUUAGGUGCUGGAACUUAACAGACUAAUGUCUAAUUUAUUUUAUUGUGAUAUUUUUGAACUUUUUAUGUCAGAGGAAAAUUUAAAUUUAAAUUGCAUGAGCUGGAGUAUUAAGGUUGUGGAGAGAGAGAAUUAAACUAGCUUUAAGGUCCCAACA